AUGCAGAAAAAGUGCAAGCAUAAGACAGAAAGUGCAAGAAAGCUUUUUCUUCUCAAUGAGGACGAGCUAUGCAUGUAUAUCGGCUUGAAUGCCCCUGAAGACAUAUUGAAAUGGCUGGAGAAAGAUUGCGAGGAGUUGAAGAUCACAAAGCGGGUUUUUUCAUGUGUGCUUGAGAUUGCUCUGAGGUAUAUUAUAAGAACACUUCCAAGAUCUGUCAACCCCACCGGGGAGAUGUACUCCACAAUGGAAGAUGUGGACUCAAAGCAUCCCGGGGAUCUGAUUGCCAACAAGUUCCUUAGAUUGCUAGUUUGCAUGGUGAAGAGUCUGGAUAGAGACGUUGUGGCUGAGUUGUUUCCACGGAAGGUUAUUCUGAAACUGGUGGGAAUGAUCAGGUCGGACAACGUGGAAGAAAGGCAGCAUGUCUUCUCGCUUCUAAUCAAUAUUUCUAGACAUCCUGAAUGCCUCAGCACAACUUUCCUAGGACUAUCAAAUGAACUUAUAAACUUUAUCGAAAGCAGCAGACCUCAUGUUGGAAUAGAAGAGGUUUUGGGAAUUGUGUCCGCGUUUCUUAGUAGAAGAGCCAUCCCAGAGGAAGAUGUGGUGAUUUUCCACCACCAGGUAGUUCUAAGGAUGGCUAGGAUAAGAUUCUGUGGAGAAAGUAAGGAAGUACCUGUUGUCAUGAAGAUUAUUUCCAGGAACUAUCCUAAGACAAUUCCUUUGACCAUAAGACAUUUCAAAAAGGUAUUUAUGGGAACAUGGUCGAGCACGAGGGUCACGAUUGUGCAUGUUAUUGGUGAGAUCCUCAGAACCAUAAAUGAUGAGAUGUAUCAGGGCCUGGAGAGUGAGAUCUGUGAGGUGAUAAGCAUGUCUUUUGAUUCUGACCACCAUCUGGUGGUUGAGGAGGUUGCAGAAAUGCUAGCGUUGAAUCGCUGGGUUGUGUCUCGGCACGCAGAGACAUUUGUUCCAAAGGUUUUUGAGUCGAUUUACAGAGCAUCAAAAAGGUUUUGGAGGGUCGAGGGAGUGAACAAGAUACUUAGAAACCUCUCCACGAUUCUUGAUGUGGACUGCAGAUUGUUUGAGAAAUGCCUAAAGUUGUACAACAUGAAGAGAUGGAGAGAUAAAUGGACAAGAGAUAGAUGA